AUAUUCAUCACAGCAGUGCAGUUGUUAAUUUAUUGAACAAGGCUACAAACGUUUGAGUACUUACAUAAUACAAAUUUAAUUAAAUAACUAUUUUAUUAUAAUUAAAUUAUUUAAAAAAACAUAUAUUUGAACAGUCAAGAAAAGUUGGUAUUAGUAAUAUUAUGGUAGAAAUUAUUGGAUAAUCCAUAUUAAAAAAAUUAUUACCGUUUCAAGGUUAUUUUACAACAAUAUGAAGACAUUUUUUGUAUGCUGUCAGUUGAUGAUAGCAUAUUAUAUAUGUGCAACAGUAAAUGGUGAUGUAUAUUUCAAAGCUUCCAAGCCAAAUAAUGAGUGGUGGUCAAGUACAAUAAUUUAUCAAGCAUAUCCAAGAUCAUUCAAAGAUAGUAAUAGAGACGGAACUGGAGAUUUAAAAGGUAUUACCCAGAAACUUGACCAUUUCGUUGAUCUUGGCAUAGAAACAAUAUGGGUCGGUCCAUUUUUCAAAUCACCUAUGGAUGAUAUGGGAUAUGAUGUCGAAGACUUUUAUAUGAUUGAUCCUAUGUUUGGUACGAUGAGUGAUUUGGAAGAAUUAGUUUUUGAAAUGAAUAAGAGAAAUCUUAAACUGAUAAUUGACCUUAUACCAAACCAUUCAAGUUACAAGUGCGAGUGGUUUCAAAAAUCAAUCAAACGAGAAGGAAAGUACAAAGAUUAUUACGUUUGGCGUGACGCUUCAAAUCAACAAGAUGUCAUCAGUAACUCAUCGAUUACACCGCAACCACCAAAUAAUUGGUUGAGUCUAUUUGGAGGUCUUGCCUGGACAUGGAUUGAAGAACGAAAACAAUUUUACUACCAUCAGUUUAGUAAGGAACAACCAGACUUCGACAUGAGAAAUCCGGAUGUAAAGCAACAAAUUUUAGAUGUAAUGGGAUUUUGGAUGGAUAAAGGCGUUAAUGGAUUCCGAUUUGAUGCUCUCAAGUAUCUGUACGAAAAUGUUUCAUUUCCCGAUGAACCAUUUUUGCCGGGAAAGAGCAACGCGUCCGAAUACUUGGAAUUUAAUCAUACAUAUACCCAAGAUCAACCUGAAAUUAUCGAUAGUGUAUUAGAAUGGAGAGCGUUUAUGAUUAAUCAUACAAACAGCAAGAAUAUAUCAAUUUCUGGUUUGAUGACAUCAGAAUCGUAUUCAAGCGUAGAUUUGUUAAUGCAAUAUUACGGAAACUUCACGAACCCUGGAGCUCAAGUACCGUUUAACUUAGCACUAGUGAGAUUCCCAAAAGAUGAUCAUAUAGUUGAAAAUAUAGAUUCAAUAAUAAAAAAUUGGUUGGCCAAUUUACCAGAAAACGCAGUGCCCAAUUGGGUGAUGGAAAAUCACGACAAUUUUAGGACGUCAUCGAAGUUUGGUGCUGAAGCAGCAACAAUGUUUACUGCAUUGAAAUUAGCCCUUCCCGGGAUUGAAGUCACCUAUUACGGUAGUGAAAUUGGAAUGGAAGACAACAUGUAUUUGAGACCAGAACAAGUAACAGAUGAUAAACUUGCGGGUAGUCCGAGAGUAUCGAGACCAAGAGAUUAUCAAAGGUGUCCAAUGCAAUGGGAUGAUUCUAUUUGCGCAGGUUUCACUGAAGAGAAAAAGUCAUGGUUACCAGUAAAUCCAAAUUAUUACAAAAUGAACGUCGAAUCCCAGAAAAAAAUACCAACUAGUAGCUAUAAUUUUUAUAAAAAAAUGUCUCAACUUCGAAAAACCGAUACGUUGAAAAACGGCGAUCUACGGACGUAUAAUAUUACGAAAUCGAUUUAUAUUUUAAAGAGAUCGCUAUUAGAACACGAAUCAUACAUAGUCGUAACUAACUUUGGCAGUGAAACGGAAACGGUCAUCUUGUCCAAUGUAAUACAUAAUCUCAAAGAUGAACUAUUUGUAUAUUUGGGAAGUGAAAAUUCUGGUUACAGCCCAGGCACCAAAGUAUCUACCAUUUCAACUGGGAAUCCAAUACAACUGCGACCACAGUCAGUAGUCGUAGUAACAGAUAAAUUUAUUGAACCUGAUUUACCGAGAAAUAAUGCUGUUGGUAGUACAACAGGCAGUAGUACGAAAUUAAUUAGUUUAAUCUGUAUUUGUAUGCUGAAAAGAUGGAUUUUAUAAAUUUAUCUUACAUGUUAGUUGCUUAUUAAUUCAUUGUUAUACUCUUAUUAAGUAAAUUGUAAUAUAUAUUUUUUAAGGAACA